GACCCAUCACUCCCCAUUAUUAAAUUCUUGAUGGGUGGCGACUUUAAACACUCAGCCAGGAAGUGAACUGCCAGUUUAUUCCGACGUUCACACACACACACCUUUCCUCCUUUGACCCCUCUCUCUCUCUCUCUUCCCUCUAUCUUCCUCCACAAUCUCCAUCAACACCAAAUCACCUUUCUCCUUGGACCUCUCUCUCUUCCCUUUAUCUUCCUCCCACUCUCCAUCAAUACCAGAUCAUCAAAGAGAAUGCACCAUAUCCACUCUAUAUAAAAUAACUAAAAAAAAAACCCAAAAAGUAAAGCAUCUGUCGAUCUAUAAAUAGUCAAGAAAAAAAAAGUAGAGAACGAGCGGAUUCCAUCCUCUUUCUUCUUCAACAGUGGGGGUACUUUGUUGAUGAAGCAGAGAAUGAGUGAACCGAAUAGGGGUGGCGGCGGCGGCGACAACAAAAUGAAAUUCGAUUUCUUUUUCUUCUUCCUUUGGGUGACGGCGACGGCGGCAACAACCCCUUAUGGAGUCCGACAUUUCUCUCUCUUCUUGCUUUGGGCAACGGCGAUGGCAGCGACAACCCCCUUUGAACUCCCACCUCUCUCUCUCUCUCUCUCUCAUUCCAUGACAGCGACAACAUAACUCCGAUCUCUCUCUCUUCUUCCUCUGGGCGACGACAACAACAUUUGAACCCCAAUCUCUCUCUUCUUCCUCUGGGUGAUGACGACAACGUUUGAACUCCAAUCUCUCUCUUCUUCAUCUGGGCGACGACGACAUUUGAACUUCGAUCUCUCUCUUCUUCCUCUAGGUGACGACAACAACAUCUGAAUCUCUCUCUCUUCUUCCUCUGGGCGACGACAACAACAUCUGAACUCCGAUAUGCUCUCUUCUUCUUCUGGGCGACGACAGCAACAUCUGGACUCUGAUAUGCUCUCUUCUUCCUUUGGGCGACAACGACAACAUCUGAACUUCAAUCUCUCUAUCUUCUUCCUUUGGGCGAUGACGACAAUAUCUGAACUCCGAUCUCUCUCUUCUUCAUCUGGGCGAUGGUGACAACAUCUGAACUCUGAUCUCUCUUUCUUUUUCCUCUAGGCGACAACCCACUUUGGAGUUUGACCUUUCUCUCUUAUUCCUCUGGGUGACGAUGACAACAUCUGAACUCCGAUCUCUCUUUCUUCUUCCUCUAGGUGACGACAACGGCGGCGGCACCCCCCUUUGGAGUUCGACCUUUCUCUCUUCUUCAUCCGGGCGAUGGCGACGGUAGUGGCAACCCCCUAUGAACUUCCAUCUCUUUCUCUUUCUCUCUCUCUCUCUCUCUCUCUCCUUCCACAACAGCGACAACAUAACUCUGAUAUCUCUCUUCUUCCUCUGGGCGACGGUGACAACAUAUGAACUCCGGUCUCUCUCUUCUUCCUUUGGGCGACGACGACAACAUUUGACCUCCAAUAUCUCUUUUCUUCCUUUGGAUGAUGGCGACAUUUGAACUCCGAUCUCUCUCUUCUUCAUUUGGGUGACGUCGACAACAUCUAAAUCUCUAUCUUCUUCCUCUGGGUGACGAUGAUAGCAUUUGAACUCCGAUCUCCUCUCUUCUUCCUCUAGGCGAUGAUGCCAGCAUCUGAACUUCUCUCUCUCUCUCUCUUCUUCCUCUGGGUGAUGACGACAACAUCUGAACUCCGGACUUCGAUCUCCCUCUUCGUCCUCUGGGCAAUGACGACAACAUCUGAACUCUGAUCUCUCUCUUUUUUUCCUCUAGGCGAUAGCGGUGGCACUGCCCUAUAACUUCACCUAGCGACGGAUGGGUGGCAAGUGGGUGGAGUAGAAACUAUUGGAGAGAGAAUGAGAUAGAGUAGUGUAAUUCCACCUAGCAGCAAUAACAUUUGAACUCAUAAAGGGUAGUUUAGAUAUUUUGCAUUGUUUUUUACGGAGAUUAACGAUAAGAAUAGAGUUAGUCAAAUUUUAGAAACAGCAGGGGUAGUAUUAGUCGACUUUUAAACAAUAAGAGUAUACUUGGUCAAUUAGUUAAACCAUUAGAAUAGUCUAAGAAAUUUAACCCCUAAAAAAAACAGUCCGAUGAGUGAUUGGAUACGAUGCCCGAUACCCGAUACCCGAUAACCGAUACCCGAUACCCGAUAUUCCGAUGCUAUAAUCCUAGGCCGUGCCAAAUAACCCACCAGAAACCUGCUUCUAGGGUUGCCGUUUAUUUGCUCAAAUCCUCAAACUAAAAUCGAGUGUCAGCGGCAGACGACGACAUGAGUUAAUGAUAAAGAACCAUCGGUCGUCGUCAUCGAUCACCAUCUGAUUCAACCCAGAACGGUACCGUUAGAGCCAUAUUGGUUCCCUACAACUUGGUUGUGAACUUUGGAUCAAGAGUAGUAAAGAAAAAGGGGACGAAGAAGCUCAUCUAGCGAGCGUACAAAAGACCUAGAGGAAAGAGAGAAGAAGCUCAUCGAUGGACUAGGGUUUCGUUUUCUUCAUUCUUCGAGGACGGGUUCGUAGUGAUCAUUGUUGUAAUAAUAACACGGUAACACCAUCAAUAAAACUUACAAAAACUGCUAACAGUAUAUUGCUUUGUAAUUAUAAUAAAAAAAAAAGAAUAAUGAUAAAAAACACGGCAUCUUCUCGCGGUGUGGCCACGAGGUCUAACCUGAACACUAGCCGUACCAGUACCGGAAUCGAUAUCUCUAAACCUUUGAAAAUCGCUUCGACCGCUGUGGCAGAUGGGCGCUCUGGCAUAGUUUCCAAGAAACGGCCGGAAGGCGCUUCGACUUCGGCCCCUAAGAGCAAAGAGACCAAGCUCAGUGCUCAAUCUCCUCCAGAUACAGAAAGUGAGGAGACAGAACUUAGUAGUUCCAAUGGAGAGGAGUCAUCUUGGAUCUCUUGGUAUUGUGGGCUUAGAGGAAAUGAACUCCUUUGUGAAGUUGAUGAGGACUAUAUACAGGAUGAUUUCAACUUGUGUGGACUUCAAGGACAAGUUCCUUAUUAUGACCAUGCAUUGGACAUGAUUUUGGAUAAUGAUUCUUUGAGUGGUGAGUUGGAUGGCGAAGAACACAGUGAGAUUGAAUCUGCAGCAGAGUUAUUAUAUGGCCUCAUACAUGCCCGCUAUAUCUUAACCAAUAAAGGAUUAAAUGCUAUGCAUGAGAAAUACAAGAGGGUGGAUUUUGGACGGUGCCCUCGGGUUUUUUGUGCAGGGCAGCCAUGCUUGCCUGUUGGCACAUCGGAUAUUCCUCAUAAUGGCUCUGUGAAGAUCUAUUGCCCAAAAUGUGAAGAUCUGUACUUACCUAGGUGCAAAUAUCAGGGUAAUAUGGAUGGUGCUUAUGUUGGCACAACAUUCCCACACUUGUACUUGAUGACGUACCCUUCCGCAAAGCCUGCAAAGCCGGUUCAGUCUUAUGUACCAAAAGUAUUCGGAUUCAAGAUCCACAAGGGUUCAAGAUGAUAGAUGAUAUCUAGGUUGACAUGAUAAGGACAUCAAUGCUACUGCAUAAUAUGCAACCGGAUGGAUGUGUAAAAUGGUAAAGAGAUGUCCAGCAGAAAGAAAAAAAGAACUGGUAAGAGAUGCUAGAAAUAGCAUAGAGAAGCUUCAUCAACGCUCCACUAGCACCAUAUAAUUAAUCCUAGCCUAGGAAUGCAUGCUUUUUUUUAUUUUUUAUUUUUUCGUGUGAUAUGUGGCCCACGGGUAAGAAACUGAUUAUCGUCAUUUUCCCAUCACAAAUCACUACAAAGAUUGAUAAUUCAACGAUGACACCAGAAAAUAAAUCAUCGUUUUUUUACUCCAAAUCCCAAGCACAGGAGUACAUCCCAUCUAAUGACUGAUACUAUCAAGUUAUGGUUGUCAUUUGCCUUUUUACCAUAAA